AGAUGGCGGAAAGUGUCCGUGUCAUUUGUCGUUGUCGACCGUUAAAUAAACGUGAAGUAAAUCUUAAUUCACAGAUAUGUGUACAAAUGGAUCAAAGUUGUGGGCAGGUGAUAUUACAAGGUGAAACUGGCUGUCCGAAACAGUUCACAUUUGAUGGUGUUUAUUAUAUGGAUGCUACAGCCGAGCAAAUUUAUAAUGAAAUUGUUUAUCCGCUUGUUGAAAAUGUUAUUCAAGGAUAUAAUGGUACAAUUUUUGCAUAUGGUCAAACAGGUUCCGGUAAAACUUAUUCAAUGCAAGGUAAUGAUAAUAUCUCAUCUCAAAAAGGUAUCAUACCACGAGCAUUUGAACAUAUUUUUGAAGCAACAGCAACAACAGAUGAUGCUAAAUUUUUGGUGCAUGCAUCAUAUUUAGAGAUUUAUAAUGAAGAGGUACAUGAUCUAUUGGGUACAAAUCAUACCAAAAAAUUAGAAAUCAAAGAGCAUAGUGAACGUGGUAUAUAUGUUGCGGGAUUAUCCAUGCAUGUAUGUCAUGAUUAUAAGGCUUGUCAACGAUUAAUGAAGGAAGGUUCGGAGAAUCGUCAUGUUGGAGCAACAUUAAUGAAUAAAGAUUCCUCACGAUCACAUUCAAUUUUUACGGUUUAUGUUGAAGUAGCGCUUAAUAAUGGUUCUAUAAGAACGGGAAAAUUAAAUUUGGUAGAUUUGGCAGGCAGUGAAAGACAAGCAAAAACUGGUACUACUGGUGAUCGUUUCAAGGAAGCAACCAAAAUUAAUCUUUCAUUAUCUGCAUUGGGUAAUGUUAUAUCAGCUUUUGUAGAUGGUAAAUCAAAGCAUAUUCCUUAUCGUGAUUCAAAAUUAACACGAUUAUUAAAAGAUUCGUUAGGAGGAAAUAUGAAAACGAUCAUGCUCGCUUGCAUAUCACCUUCCAGUGAUAACUAUGAUGAGACACUUUCGACUCUAAGAUAUGCAAAUCGUGCGAAGAAUAUUAAAAAUAAGCCUAAAAUUAAUGAAGAUCCAAAGGAUGCAUUACUUCGUGAGUAUCAAGAGGAAAUUCAACGGCUUAAAGCUAUGAUACAAGGCGAUAAUAAUAUGCAUACGAAUUCAAAUGAAUUAGAUGAAGAACGUGAACAAUUGAAAGCAGAAUUUAAUGCAGCAAUCAAUGAACUACGAUUACAGUAUCAAAAUGAACAAAAAAGUAAAGCAAAAUUACAAGAAGAAUAUGCAGCAUUAAAGGAACAAUAUGAGAAAGCAUCAGAAGCAUUAGAAUAUGAUCAUCAUUUAGAUGUUGGUGAAGCAAAGAAACGAUUACAAAUUUUAGAAAAACAAUUUGUUGGUGGUGAACAAGCAAAUAAUGAAGCGCUUAAAGAACAACGACAGAUUAAAAUGAAGGAAGCAGAAAAGAAAAUGGAACGACUUGCUGCUAAUAUUUGA